AUGUUUUUAACUCUAGGUUUGAUCAGCGAUACGCCGACUAAAUUAAAUAAAAACAUAUUGUCAAUCAAGCUCAACAUUUUUAAGUUCUUGAAUAGUUUGAUUUACGAAAACUCUUUUCAAAAGAAGUUGUUUCCGCCUCUUGGAAGUGCUAAGAUUUUGGACUUGUCAAACACAUUACUCAGAAAUGGUCCAAGAAACUGUGCCGCAGAUGAUUUGGACUUAAGUUUAGAGGGUCCAAAUGAUCAAAUUGAAUUUUUCAAUAACUUUGUGUUUACUGAAAACACGCAUGAUAAUAGAGCUUCAACGUCCUCAGCAAGCACGUUUGUCACUAGUGGUGAAUAUCACUCCAACGAGAAUACGGAAAAUUAUUAUUCCGGAGAGCAUAUCGAAGGGGAUGAAUACUUAUCAAAUGGACACGAUCAAGAUAAUCAUGGCUUUCCAUCGUAUGCAACUGAUAAUCAGUUUAGUUUAUACCAAGGGAUUAAUUCAAAGUCCAUGAUGGCUUAUGGUCAUAAUUUCAACAUGAAUAUGAAUAUGCUUGGAAUAAAUAAUAACCCUGGUAACGUAUAUUUCAAUGAUUUUGAUAAUCAUAAUGUAAAAGCUGUUGGUCAGAAUUCAGUUUACAGUUCAUCCCAUGAGAGCUAUUCCAGCCCUUUGGACGAAGAGUUAUUCAAUAAAUUUAAUGGAGGUCCCCGCUCACAUACGAGACAAAAUGUUCAAGUAGCGAUCAAUGCAAAUGAACAAGACCAACAUACCAAGAAAAGGAAAUCGUUUAUGGAUUUGCAAAUUCCAUUCUCAACAGCAAGCCACCAAUCUCUGCAGUCUCUGCAGUCUCUGCUUUAUGAUGUUGGUAAGAUUUUCGAUGAUAUGAUAGUUAAAGAGCAUUCAAAGUUCGAUUAUCCACAUCAUCAAGAAAAAAAUCGGUUUGAUGGAUCAUUUCCCGGUAAGAGAAAAUAUAAGAAAGCAAAGAAAAUGGGAUCUGAAGGUAGUAAUCAAUCUUCAGGCACAUCGGCGAACUUGUUGAGCUUUGAAUGUCCUCACUGUGAAGCCAAGUUCAAAGUCAAAGGUUAUUUAACUCGUCACUUGAAGAAGCACAACUCUGCGAAGGCAUUUGUGUGCCCAUUUUUCGAGGAACCUACCGAUUCAACUUCUGGUAGCAAAUGCCAUCCCACUGGAGGCUUUUCACGUAGGGACACUUACAAGACGCAUCUCAAAGCUUUGCAUUUCAUUUAUCCGCCAGGAACCAAGUCUAGUGAAAGAAAUAUGAUAAGCGGCAGAUGCGGUGGUUGCUUCAAAUUUUUCGAAGAUAAUUGCAAAUGGCUUGAGUCACACAUUGAACCCGGUGAGUGUAAAGGAGUAGCCGGUAUUAAAAAGCCAAAAGACGACUUGUUGGAAAUAGACGGUACUGCACACCAUUUUGAACAGCAUCACAUCCAUCGCUAG